CGUAAAUAUUCACAUAAAAACAAUGUUGGUGCAAUGUGAAACUUAAUCAAACUUUACUUCAUUCGGAUAGUUGUGUUUUUCGGAUACAUCAUACAUGUAGGCCUAUGCCGGAAGUGAAAGACAAAAGUAGUGACAAUGGCUAAGGUUACUCCUGGAAUGGAGAAGAGGCAGAAAAGACUAGAAGAGAAGAAAAGUCUGUCUAGAGUAACAAGAGCUCGUACAGCCAAACAGAGCUCCCCAGCACCAAAACAUCAAGGUUCUGAUAAGUCUUUGAGUACAACACAAAAAUCAAAACAAACAGACAAAAAAUCAGGGAAAACUUCCUCACAAACACUUGCCAAAACUUUAGACUCGAAAGAUGUUGCCAGCUCAGACCACACGCCUAAAAAGUCCAGAUACGGUAACAUUGACGAAGGACCAAAUAAUCAAGCUGAUAGAAAUGGUGACAAAUCUUCGAAAAAAUCUAAACAACUUUAUGUUGACGCAGUUGAAAAACUAGAAAAUAGUUCCAGUAUUCAUGUACCCAAAAAGUUAGUGUUGUUUGUUGGCAAUUUGCCAGAGGAUAUUACCAAAGAACAGUUGAUGGCUCACUUCAAAAGAGCAGGUGCUGGUGUUAAGUCAGUUAGGUUACCAAAGUACAGAGGCACAGAGACAGGCAAGGGGUUUGGUUAUGUUGAAUUUAGCAGCACAAUUGGUCACAGGAUUGGGCUAAGACUUAACAAUACAACAUUGGCAGGCAGAAAGAUUAUCGUCGAGUUUGCAUCCGAAGGCAAAGUGACGGAGAAACAAUUACAAGAGAAACUGAAACAAAGAGAUGAUGCCAUUCCAAAGAUGCCUUUCGAUUCAUAACUUAAUAUUACCUCGUAAAUUGUCACAAUCGUCACAUUCAGUUAAUUACGCCAUUGUUUACAGCUAGCAAUACUGUGUUUAGUUAGGUCAUUGAGGUGACAUUCAGGAAAAAAAAGUUAUGUUUCUGAGAAAAAGUUGAAUAACAUAUUUUGUGAAUUGAAAAAUGUGUUGGAAUAGGCUGAUUAUUAUCAUACUUUAAAAAGUGCUUUUGUAGUUUUUUCAUGACCUUGAAGGUGAGAUUGAAAUUGCAAGUGCCUCAUGGUCAAAAUAUAGAAAAAGAUAUCCAAUUUAAUUACCUCAUUUAAUGGAUUGCACAUUUAUACUAUUAGAUCUAGAAAAAUGUCAAAUUAAUUGUUACUUUGGAAUGCGAAUAAUUAAGAAAUUAAGUGGAUCGGUGUUGGCAUCAGUUUGGAUAUUUGGAGAAAAUACUGAAAAUCUUAUGACAGGUAUCAGUAUCAUUUCAUACAGAAAUAAUUAUACAAGAUAUAGUAACACCUGUCCAAACGGUUCCAGUCUGAGACCGAGUAUUUAGACUGGUUUAGAACGAUAACCAUAGAUAUAGUAACACCUGUCCAAACAGUUCCAGUGUUAGAUCGAGUAUAUUGAUUGGUUUAGAAUGGUGAAUAUUUUAGGGAUGUUUCAUCAUAUAGUCAGUGUAUUUGAUAGUCAUUUAUUUAUAUUGCCAGUCCAAAAAAAUAAUAAUAGUUUCACAGACCACUGGUUGCAUUUUAUAGAAAGUCAGAAAUCAGUUGUAAGACAAAAAUUGUGAAAAAAUUUUGUUUUCACACAAAGAAAAUGUUUGCUACAGUCCUAACUUUGCAUUGCAGAUGAAAAUCUUUUACAUAUUACAGGAUAAGAUGCAUAUCAUUUUAUUUCUUGGCUUUUAGGAACCAUUAUGUCAUAGCUAGGACUUUGGACCUUCUAUGAAUUUCAGCCCUGAUGAAUUAGAAAAUGAAAAAACAGUUUUUUUAAUUGCUUAUGAUUAAAUCAUAAUAGAUAAUGAUAACAUUAUAGAUUUCACAGUGUUUUCAUCCAUGACUGUCUUACAUAGCAUAGUGUGCCCAUUUACGUUUGACUUUAAAGAAAAACAUGCUAUUUUCAGUAAGGACGGUCUUUUUAUAGAUGCCUCAGUAUUUUUAUCUGAGGCUUGUCUUAAUUUAAUAUAUUAAACAGUACAUCCCAAAUGAGUUAUUAUCAUAAACAUAAUAUGAUAUUAUAGUGUUGUAAGCUGUAAAGCUUGUAAAUAUUUAAUGUUUCUUAAUAGAUUAGCCCAAUCUGACUUACAUUCAGAUCUUAUUUAGAUAUCACCUUCACUUUGAUUUUCCAAGAAAUCUAUUUUUAGUCAGCCAAUAAAAUUGCAGAGUGGCAUAAGCAAAUUUAUUAGUUUUAGAAUUUUUUGCCUUUGUUAAAUUAAACAGUUUAAAGCAAAUAACUUCCCCUGCAUUUAUCUCAAAAUAAUGGUGCCAUUUUUAAGAGAAAUUUCUUUCUGAAACUAGUUAAUCAACCAACUUGCAUUUUGUUCACCUUAAAUAUAUUUAUAUUGUAAAAAUCACUUACUGGAUUUUGGUUUUCCCUGUGGUUAAAUUCAACUGCAAGAAUCUGAAAGCUAAGCUCUGAUUGGUUAAUUCAAAGGUCAGGAAAAGUUGACUUCCUAUGGUGAUUUAAGAUCAAUAUAAGGAGCUGAAAUAGUCAGAUUGGGAAAAGCUGUUUUUUGUCUUAUAAAGAAAAGUAGUUCUAGUUAUAUUUCAUUUAUAUUUUUUUGUGCUUUCAGUUUUAUUUCUAAAAUAUCUGUGAGACAAAGUUAUAAAUAUCAUUUAUACCUUAAUAGUGCUAUCAUUAAUUUAUUAUAUUUAUUACAACUUAAUAGUAUUUUUUUUUGCAUUUAGAAUAGUUUUUGUGUUCAGGUUUUGUUUCAUGUUUUUGAAAUGUUCUUUUUGUUAUUUUUUUAUUGCUGCUUAUUAGGGAGUAGAUUAGAGUAUAAGAAGUUAAAAUGAGCCGCGCCAUGACAAAACCAACAUAGUGCGUUUGCGACCAGCAUGGAUUCAGACCAGCCUGCGAAUCCGCGUAGUCUGAUCAGGAUCCAUGCUGUUCGCUUACAAACCCUAAAACAAGUAGAGAAAUUGAUAGCGAACAGAAUGGAUCCUGAUCAGACUGCGCGGAUGUGCAGGCUGAUCUGGAUCCAUGCUGGUCACAAACGCACUAUGUUGGUUUUGUCAUGACGUGGCUCAAAUGUAUGUUUUACAACCAUUUGGGACAUAAUAUGAUGGGACAAGCAAGUAGAUAUUAUAACUUCAUUAUCUUUUCAUUAUAAUUGGUCAUGCACCAUCAUUCUGUCAUGUUGAUUUUUGUGAAAGGUAUUUUUUCCCAUAGUAAACAGUGUAAAUGAG